AUGCUUAAAACAUUUGAUCAAGCUGAUGAAGAAACUUUCGAAAAUUCUUAUAGAGUUUCAAGAUGUACUUUUUAUGAACUUCACUCCCUGAUUGAACCAUAUAUUCGGAAACAAGACACAAAUUACAGAAAUUCAAUUAGUAGCCGUGAAAGAUUAGCGGUGUGUUUAAAGUAUUUAGCAACCGGCCAGUCAUUUACAACGAUGGGAGAGAAUUUUAGAAUUGGAUUGAAAAGUGUAUCAAGAAUUGUUGAGGAGAUACCUGGAAAUGAAACAGAGUGGAAAGAAAUUGCUGAGGAAUUCGAAACAAAAUGGAAUUUCAGUCACUGUGUUGGAUCAUGUGAUGGGAAGCAUAUCGCUAUAGAAAAACCCCACGAAAGUGGCCCUUUCUUUUACAAUUAUAAGGGAUUCUUCAGUAUUGUACUGUUUGCUGUUGUAAAUGCUAACUACGAAUUCAUGUAUGUACACACAGGCACCAAUGGAUCCGUUGCAGAUGGAGCAAUUUUAAAAUGUACAAAAUUUCAUAAGAAAAUGAUUAACAAUUCUUUAAAUUUGCCAUGUCCAUCUCCACUGCCAGGCACAGACGAAAUUGUACCAUACAUGUUUCUGGGGGAUAGUGCAUUCGCAUUGAAUAAAAAUUUCAUGAAACCAUUUCCUUUUAAAAAUAUUAAUCGGAUGCAAAGGAUUUUUAAAUAUCGAUUAUCGCGAGCCAAGAGAGUGGUUGAAAAUGCCUUUGGCAUACUGAGUUCCCGUUUUAGAGUAUUGCGUAGACCACUUGUUCUAGAUCUGGAGAAUGUGGAUGCUGUGGUGUUGGCAUGUUGCGCUCUGCACAACUUUCUGAGGAAACGAGUACCAACUUACAUAUGUCAUUCUAAUAUUGAUUCAGAAAAUAUAAGACAGGGUACGUUUCGCGAAGGAGAUUGGAUACAAACCUCUGCACCCUUAGUUUCAUUACAGCGUUCUUCAACUAGGCAGCGUAAUGAAGAUGGCAAUAUUGUUCGCAAUAAAUUCAUGGACUAUUUCAAUUCUGUUGGACCAGUUAGUUUCCAAGACCGAAUGAUUGAUGUUGUACCACCAUAA